GGCCCCACGUGAGCGGCGGUUGGUGCCGGUGCUCGGAGUGAGGGUUGAGUUCCCGCACUGGAGGACGUGCUAGGUCAGCUCACUUAGAUUCCUAUUCAUGGGCUUAAAUUGACUGUAUCUACCGUGAAGCGAAUGAAUUUACAUUCUUGGGACACCAGGUACCAGUGACCGAUUUGAUUGUGGAGCAGUGUGGAUGUAUCUACAACACAUGGAUUGUAACAGUUCAGGAAGGUAGCUUACAUCCCAUCUCCUGCAGGCCAGAUGGCAGCGAUGGUUGGCUUGGAAGGUGCUGCCUAAGAAGCCUUGGUGAAUUUCUGCAGUGCAUCUUGUAGAUCGUGUACACUUCUGCUGAGUGUCGGUGAUGGAGGGAGUGAAUGUUUAAGGAUGUGGUGCCAAUCAAGCUGGAUGCUUUGUCCUUGAUGGUGUCAAGUUUGUGUUGUUGGAGCUGCAGUCAUCCAGGUACGUUUAAAAAACGUCAUCUUGCUGUACCAUUUGCUACUUUUGAGAUCUGAGUUGUAGAGGGAUUACAAGAGCUUAUGAGGAAGUUCUGCUGUGAAAGGGAAAACCAGUGGCAAGACAAAAUUGCUGAACAUAAGGAGCAUCUAACAGGAAAAGACGGAGAAGGGAAGCUGGAACAGCAAGUGGAGAAUCAUGAACUGAGGUACAGAAUGAGACCUUGUAUGCAGCACAGGCGGGGGAGAUCAUGUGGCUUGCAAGGAUGAAAGGUCUUAAAUGGACAGUGUCUUGCAAUUUUCCCCUGUUUGGGUGAUGGCUUAAUCAUUUGUAUUUGGAGGAUGAAAUAUGUUGAAAGAAUGAAGAAGACCAUACAGAAGCGACCAAUCCGAACAUUUGCUAACGAUGACCGACAUGUUAUGGCAAAACAUUCCUCGGUGUAUCCAUCCCAAGAGGAGCUUGAGGCUGUGCAGAAUAUGGUUUCAACAGUUGAAUGUGCAUUGAAACAUGUAUCAGACUAUUUGGAUGGAACUAAUCUGCAGUCCGUCAAUUUGGAUACCAGUGAAGAUGGAGCAACAGAUGUGAAGAAAAGCGGCAUUUCAGAGAGCAAUACAAAUGAACAGAGUGGUCGAGUAUUGUGUGGAGUGAUGCGAAUUGGAUUGGUUGCAAAGGGUUUACUGAUAAAGGGGGAUCUGGAUUUGGAGCUUGUGCUGAUGUGUAAAGAAAAACCAACCGAGAAGUUAUUACACACUGUCUAUACCAAUCUGCCAAUACAAAUACAGAAACUUUCAGAAGAAAAAUAUGAAGUUGAGAAGUGUGUGGAAGAAGCAGCUAUUACUGUUCAAAAUACAAAAGAACCCAAGUUGACACUCAAGAUAAUUCUGAGUUCUCCAGUGGUGAGAGAUGAAAUGGAAAAGAAAGAAGAUGGAGUAGAAAAUUUUGCGAUGAAAGAUCCACCGGACUUAUUGGACAGGCAGAAAUGCCUAAACGCCUUGGCGUCUCUGCGACAUGCCAAAUGGUUUCAGGCAAGGGCAAAUGGAUUAAAGUCAUGUGUAAUUGUGAUUCGUAUUCUACGUGAUUUAUGCAACAGAGUGCCCACAUGGGGACCAUUGAAAGGCUGGCCCCUUGAACUUAUUUGUGAAAAAGCCAUAGGUACUAGUAAUAGACCAUUAGGGGCUGGUGAAGCCUUGAGACGUGUAAUGGAGUGCUUGGCAUCAGGGAUUCUUUUACCUGGUGGUCCAGGAUUACAUGAUCCUUGUGAAAAAGAUCUAACUGAUGUGUUAAUCUCAAUGACUCCUCAGGAAAUGGACAACAUUACUCAUAGUGCCCAGCAUGCUCUUAGACUCAUGGCCUUUGGUCAAAUCUACAAAGUACUGGAGAUGGACCCACUUCCAUCAACAAGAACCUCCAUUCAAAAAUGGUCCAGAUCUGUGAAUGAGCGAGAUGGUUUUUUUGCAGGUCCACUGUCAGUACCAUUGAAGAGACCGUAUGAAGAUGGUAUGGGAGAUGACAAAGAUCCAAAUAAAAAGAUGAAAAGGAACCUGAGAAAAAUAAUGGAAAGCAAAACAAUAGACGUUAACCAACCUAUGAAUGCUCUGAUGAGGCUGAAUCAAAUUAAACCUGGUUUGCAAUACAAGCUUCUUUCACAAUCUGGUCCUGUGCAUGCACCUGUUUUCACUAUGUCUGUGGAUGUUGAUGGAAAAACCUAUGAAGCCUCAGGACCUUCCAAAAAAACAGCCAAACUUAAUGUAGCUGUUAAGGUACUGCAAGCUAUGGGCUGUCCAACUGGUAUGGAUUUGAAGAUGGGUUUUGAAUCUCAGGAAAUGGAAGAAAAGUCCUCAGGCGAUGAUAAGAAUGAAACGGUUUCUACAAAUUCUAGCAAUGACACAGUUGGCUGUGCUACUACUGCUAGUACCAAUACUCUAGAGAUGAGAACGCAGGGCCCAAUUCUAACGGCCAGUGGAAAAAAUCCAGUUAUGGAGCUAAAUGAGAAGAGAAGGGGUUUGAAAUAUGAAUUGAUAUCUGAAACUGGUGGGAGUCAUGACAAACGCUUUGUUAUGGAGGUGGAAGUAGAUGGUCAGAAGUUCAAAGGAGCAGGCCCUAAUAAGAAAGUCGCAAAAGCCAGUGCUGCUUUAGCAGCCCUUGAAAGAUUGUUUUCUGGUCCGAGUGCUGCAAACAACAAGAAAAAGAGGACAGGUCCUCCGGCUAAGGGCCCAAUCCCUACUCCAGCAGCUGCAGUCCCAACGCUUAGAGGCAGAGGCAGAGGGGCCUUGAGCAGAGGAGCAUUUGCUGGUGCAGCAGUAACAGCUGCUCCAGGAUAUCUAACACCAGGUUAUGGGGCACCAUAUGGAUACAGUGCUGCUGCCCCAGCUUACGGUGGUUUUUUCAUUGACAAUCCCUAUUACCAGCCUCGGGCCAUCGCACCUUUUAUUAUUCACUUGGGUCCUCAGGAUUUCGACUCUGACUUCUAGAACCAUCAGGUUGUGAGACUUGAAAACGUAUUUUUGUGUUAGUUCAGCUGUGGGCUAGGAAACAAAGGCAGACUGUUUCAUGGUCAUAUCUCUAUCCAGCCCUUGCACGAAUAACAUACAUUGGAAGUAGCUUACUUUAAAUUUAGAGUUUAAA